AUGCAACGCGCUUCGUCGGCAGUAGAUUUCACCAGUCUGUUGAAUCCACAGACCGCCGUCGAGAGAGACCAGGAAGCGGCAAGGAAGAAAUUGGCUCAGAUUCAGCGGGACCAGCACGAAGCAGAGAUGGCAGCCGUCAGCAUGAUGCCCUCAAUGAUCGGGGGCCAACAUGGCGAGGACCGACAGGAUCUCCCACGCCCGUACAAGUGCCCGCUGUGCGAGAAGGCAUUCCACCGUCUCGAGCAUCAAACCAGACACAUUCGAACGCACACGGGCGAGAAGCCUCACGCCUGUCAAUUCCCGGGCUGCACAAAGCGAUUCUCGCGUUCCGACGAGCUCACCCGUCACUCGAGGAUACACAACAACCCCAACUCGAGGAGAAGUAACAAGACACAGCAUGUCAGCCAACAGGCUAUGAACAAUGGCGGCAUGGAGCAUAGUUCGGUACACGGUGCCGCCAUGGCGACCAUGAUGCCACCCCCCAAGAACAACAUGUCGAGAUCUGCCCCAGUGUCAGCAAUAGGAUCACCAAAUGUCUCGCCCCCGCACUCCUACUCUUCCUACUCGACCGCGAUGCCUUCCAAUUUGAACCCCUACGGACGCAGUCUGGGAGGCAGCCCCAACAAUGGCCAAAACCUCGACAUCAACCUCCUGGCGACUGCAGCGACGCAGGUAGAGCGGGAAAGCACAUUGGCCACUCACCACCCUCAUCACAGUUCCCGGCAUCACCCGUACUAUAGCCAUAGCAGCCACAACAGCAGAAACCACUUACCUUCGCUUUCCGCCUAUGCAAUGUCGAGAUCACACUCGCACGAGGAGGAUGACCAUUACGCUCAUCGUCAUGCCAAGCGUUCUCGUCCAAAUUCGCCUAACAGCACCGCUCCAUCGUCUCCUACAUUCUCUCACGAUUCACUGUCACCUACGCCCGACCAUACUCCUUUGGCAACACCAGCACAUUCACCACGUCUGAGACCAUACGGCGGCGGUUACGACUUACCCGGUAUUCGCAACCUAUCGUUACAGCACACUCCAGCUCUCGCCCCUAUGGAACCUCACCAUGUGGAUGGACAAUACCACAAGAACUCUUCCACUACAUCUGCGCCUAGAAGUGGGCUGACGAUUAGUGAUAUUAUGUCAAGAACGGAUGGCACUCAAAGGAAACUACCAGUUCCUCAAGUCCCCAAAGUGGCUGUUCAAGAUCUGUUGACGACAGGCGAGAACGGAUUCAACUCAAGUGGCCAGAGUAGUACAACAGGAAGUGUUGCCGGCAAUGAUCUGAUGGACCGAAUGUGA